AUGGCCAGGGAGCGCAGGGUAACUUCCUUGCGUCGUUCAAGUUCAUCUAAUCAAUUUUUGUCAGAUAAUUCUGGCAAUAUCUGCAUAAAAAAUUCCAAAGUACUCUUUAUUUACUAUCAAAAUGUUAGAGGCCUUAACACCAAAUUAACUGAUGUAUACAAUUCACUUGCUAGUUGUCACUAUGAUGUAGUUGCUUUUACUGAGACAUUCUUGAGUGAGACUGUUCAAAAUUCUGAAAUCUCCGGUCCUAAUUAUGUUAUUUAUAGAAGUGACCGCAAAUAUUCUUCUCUUGAUUGUGAAAGAGGAGGAGGUGUUCUUCUUGCUGUAGAUUCAAAUUUAAGAUCUCACAAAUAUAAACUUGACAGUUUAAACUUUAGUGCGUUACCAGUAAUUGAUGUAUUGGUUGUAAAAAUUUGCAUGGCUCAUGGUACUCUUAAUGUUAUUGUAGUUUAUGUUCCUCCAGCCCCAAGAGUUAGUGCCGGUGAUGUAGAACUGUUUUUUGAACUUCUUUCCUCAUUAUGUUCAUUACUAGGUAAUAACAUAAUCAUUCUUGGGGACUUCAAUAUACCAAGUUACUCUGCUUAUUUAGUAAAUUCUCAAUUAAAAGAUUCAAAAACUAAUUCACUUCUUUACUUCUUAAAUUUAACUAAUUAUCAUCAAUAUAAUUAUAUUGCAAAUAAUUACGAUAGAUUAUUAGAUCUAGUUUUAUCAGAUAAGCAGUGUGUAAUUGUGAAAGCUAGUGACGUAUUACUUAACGAAGACGCCCAUCACCCGAGUUUAGAAAUUGAAACAAACUGCCUCAAAAAAGCUGAUUUUUAUCAGUUGUACAGCUUACUCCUGAACACAGACUGGUCCUUUAUUACUAGCUGUACUGAUGUAGACAUUGCGUGCUCCUUUUUUUACUCCAAAUUAAACAACAUAUUUGAGUUGUCAGUUCCUAAAAGCAGACGAUUCAAAAAACGUCAGUACCCACCAUGGUUUAAUCGCCACAUUAUUCAAAAACUUAAGCUAAAAUGGAAACUUUGGGCUAUUUAUAAACGUAGUAAUGAUGUUGAAUCCUAUAAUAAAUUCAAAAAUUUAAGAGCUGAGAUUAAAAAUGAGAUCAAACUGUCCCAUAUCGCAUACAUGCAAAACAUCGAAAGCAAUAUUCCUUCUGAUCCGAACCUUUUCUGGCAGUAUAUUAAGAGCUUUAAACAAGAAAAUCUCAUACCGAAUUCGAUGACGUACAACAAUAAAAUUAUAAACGGUCCUAUAAACAUCGUUAAUUCAUUUGCUGACUUUUUUCAGCAAUCUUUUAUCCCAUCUGAUCCCUCUGGUGCAAUUUUCUCCUAUCACUGUACCUCAGUUUUUAGAAAAUUUUUCAGUGAAGAAGAGGUUCUCCACAUUCUGCAAAAGAUGAAAAACAAAAUGACAUCUGGGCCUGACGGCAUCCCGUCUUUUCUAUUAAAGGAUUGUGCAAGCGUCCUCGCUUUUCCAUUAAUGAUUAUCUUUAAUCUUUCGAUUAGUUCUGGAAUAUAUCCUACCCUUUGGAAAGAGUCAUACGUUUUUCCUGUCUUCAAAAAAGGAAACAAAAGCGAAAUAGGAAAUUAUCGACCCAUAACGUUGCUGUGUAACUUUUCUAAAGCAUUUGAAACAUUAUUACAUAAUGCUAUUGUUCAUCAUAUUAAAACAUAUAUUACCCCAUUACAGCAUGGCUUCUUCAGAGAAUCAUUUGAUACUGAAGCCCAGGUUGAUUGUAUUUAUACCGAUUUCUCAAAGGCAUUUGACAGAUUAGACCACUUUAAGCUACUAAAUAAAUUAAGCUCUUUCGGAAUUAAUCUUGUUAGGGCGGCUUCAGCUGCUUGUUCAACGUCGGAUGGGAUUUCGGAAUCACUCAAUCCUGAUGUUUUUAUAAUUAUAGACACAAUUUUAUAA